AUGGUGUGUUUGGCUCAAUUAACUUCAAACUUUGGUAUUCCCAUUGGACAUUGUUUUGAUGAAUCAAAGAAUACAACUAGGCACAUGUUGCGUACCAGAAUUAUAAUAAAAGUACCAAUAGUUACGACAGUCUCAUAA